AUGACAAUUAUGCAAGGCCCAAAGCCCUCUUCAAAUUGGUCUAUACAUCCUGUAAAAGUUUUAGAACAAUUUGAAAAUUAUGAAUCAGCAGCUGCAAAAGAGAUAGCAAUCUAUAUAUCAUCCAGUGCUGAGUCACAAAAUGAAUCAGAUAGUAAUAUGUCAGUAUCUGAUAGAGAAAAAAAUGAUGAUAAUUCUAGCUCGAGCAGUGAUGAAGAUAUAAUAAAUGUAAAAAAGAAAGCAAAAACAAAUACAUCACAUUCAAAUUACAAUGCUAACUGUAUAUCAUCUGCUUUGAAAACAUUAUAUGAAAAUGGCUCAACAUCAUACAACAACGAUAACUUUACACAACAUAUUUUAAAUCCUGAAGCAUCUACAAAAGUAAAUCAAAUUCCGGCGACUGAAGUCAAUUUAAAUAAUGCUGAUUCAUUAUCUCAUAAUAACAAUUUACUAACAAAUCAAAUGUAUACUUAUAAUAAUUUUGACAUUUCAAAUUCUGCAAUACAAUCAUCACAAGGAAGAAAUAAUUUGAUGCCAAUCGGUUCAAGUAUCAACACUAAAUCCCCAACGGCUUUUGGGCAAAACUUUGAUUUUGAUAAUUUACCUGAUUUAGAAAAUAUUGGAUACGACCAAAGAAAAAUAGAGGAUACAAAUCUAAAUCUGUACUUAACCAGAAUAGAUAAAAAAUUAGAUAUUAUUUUAGAUAUUCUUAAACAUCAUCCUGCAACUUCAAAUCACUCUUCUUCAAUAGAUACAACAUUUUUAGAUAAAUUCCCUAUAAAUGAUGUUGAGACUUUGAAAAAUGUAGAUGAAAUGUUUAAAACAGAUCAGGAGUAUUUGACAAAAUUGACAAAUCUGAUUUCUUCAAUUGGUGGCUCGAGUGCAAAAAAUUUUAUUAAACGUGUUUUAUCAAAAAUAUUUACUAACGAACUCGCUUCUAAAUGUUCCUGGACAGGGCAGAAGCAAAACUUUCGCUUGGACAAUUUAAUGAUAAUACAAACUAUGAAAAGACUUAGUCACGAACUUUAUAAAAAUGAUGAGAAUACUUUUGAGUUGCUGAUUAAAGAAUGGUUCAGGCAUGGGGCCCAGCGCUUAAAGAGAGCUGUUAUCAUUCCUCGAAAGAAGCGGAAACAAAUUGAAAAUAUGUCUCUUCGUCACUUCAAGCGACUGCUUGGUACUACUGACCCUGGAAAAUCUGCUCGUUUUAGUGCGCCAAAAGCUCAAGGCUCAUUAAUUAAAAAGGUAUGUCUAUCUCCAACAACAACAGCAACAACAACAACAACAAUAAUACACAAUCAAUAUCCCAAUGUAGAAUCUAUUGAAAAUGAUAAACUUUAUUCAAGUACUGAUGCACAUAUUGGUUUUGAGUUUUUAAAUGAAUUUGACAUAUUACCUGAAUCAGAACUACAAUCAAAAAUGCCUAUUACAUGCAGUAGCCAUGUUGAAAUAGUUCCAGGGUAUGUUCCUAAUAUAAAAGAAAAACUCCAACAGUGGGUUUUAGAAUCUAAUACAUCAAAAAAUAAUGUUAAUAAACUGUUGAAAAUUUUGCGAUCAGAAGGAUUAGAUUUACCCACUGAUGUUAGAACUUUAAUGAAUACACCUAGAUCUCAUACAAUAGUAGAAAUACCUCCAGGGAUAUACAUUCAUUUUGGAUUAAAAAAAAUGUUGCUAUAUUUUAUAGACACCCAUAAACAUAUCUUAGACAAUUUCAAUGAAAUUAAUUUAAGCAUAAAUAGUGAUGGAUUACCCUUAUCAAAAAGUUCAAGGCAACAGUUUUGGCCAAUACUUUGUGUAAUAUCUAAUGUUCCUCAAUUAUCCCAAGUAGUUUUUGCAAUAGGUAUAUAUUAUAGUAACGAAAAGAAACCAGAAUCCAUUGAAAGUUAUUUAAAUAUGUUUGUUAGUGAAACUGUUGAGUUAAUAAAUAGUGGAAUUAAAGUUGGCAAUAAAAUUAUGAAUGUAAAUGUUAGUAAUGUGAUAUGUGAUUCUCCGGCUAGGGCGUUUCUUUUAAAUGUGAAAGGGCAUAAUUCACGUGUGGGCUGUAACACAUGUACUGAGGAAGGAGUAUUUAAGGAUAGAAGGAUGACAUUUUUGGGUGUAAAUAGCCCAUUGAGAACUGAUACUACCUUUAGAAGUAGGUCUGAUGAAGAAUAUCACAAAGGGUUUAGUCCAUUAGAACUCUUACCCAUUGAUAUGAUUAAAGAUAUACCAUCAGAUUAUUUGCAUGUAGUUCUUUUAGGGGUGAUGAAAAGACUAUUAAAAUUUUGGGUUAGGGGAAAAAAAUCUGUGAGAUUACCUAUAGAUAAGCUGAAUGAUUGUGAUUCUGAGUUAAGCAGUUUGAGAGAUUACUUUCCAUCAGAGUUUGUUAGAUUACCAAGAGGACUAAACGAUAUAGAAAACUAUAAAGAAAAUAAGGCUAUUGCCAUGACUUUAAGUCAUAAUACAUUUAUUUGA